AUGGAGCAAGGAACAGAUGCUGCUUCAAUAAAACCUGUCUCUUCCCUGAGAUCUCACUUCGAGGGUCUUAAAGUCAACCUCCCGCAGCCUGACAACCGUGGCAGCAUCCCUGCAUCUCCGCAAGCAUUGAAACCGAUCGACAGGCCCAGUCCACUGCCACCUCAGAGAGCCUCCUUCGAUCUAUCUCGGCCGACAUCGCCAUGGGCAGGUGCAGGAGGAGGGCAUACCAACUACGCAGGACCACAAACUCCCGUCAAGGGCACCGAAUCACCUCCCAAAUAUGGCCACCGGCGGCCCAUGUCCAUGCUCCUGCAGUCCUCCCCACAGCUGACUCCGUCUGUCAAGAUAGACUCUCCGCAGUCACCUCCGCGCACGUUCUUUGAGCGAAGCUCUUCCAGAUCUCCUGAGCGGGUGGACAAUACUCCUUUUGGAAAGGUGCGCGAACUCAUAUCCCAACACUCGAGUCGCUCUUCAACCCCGGCACCUCGAGGGCCUAGUGCAGAUCGCUCGGACACGGCGAAGACCCUGGAUCCUGCACACUCUGGUACUGAAUCGCACGAUGAAAAACCGAAAGCCGGUCCUCCUCCGGUCAAUCGAGCGGACAAGCCCAAGAUUCCUGCCAAGCCAUCUGUGAUGUCUGUCCCAGCAGGUAAUGUGCUGCACCCAGAGGUUCGAAGACCUUCAUUCGAAGCCCGAGUAUCACCGUUCAGCACACCGCCGAGCAGUGAUGAAAACUCUCCAGCGCAAAGUCCAGACAUAUCGGCCCCAUCAUCGACCAAACCCUUGGCCCCUGCAACAGUCCCGGCCAAAGUGGCCCAGUCUCAAGUUCCUUCUUCUGAGGCAAAUUCUGUGCGCCCAAAGGAUGCUCGAAUGUUUGGAUUCUCAACCACGUCGUCCGUGCCCGAGAGAAAGGACCCUAGGACUUUGGGCUUUACAGCACCUGAGCCACGACCACCAAGUCACGGAGCAACCCUACCGUCAAGAGCUAAUACCGUCUCCGAGAAGCCUACUAGAGACCCUCGUGAGAUGAGCCUAUCAAAUGGUAAACCAGCACAGCGCCACGUUUCGGAGACCAUGCGACACACACCUCCACCUCCAUCACAGGUCGCUCCCGCACAGCCUCCACGGACGAACACCAUACGUGAUGCUCGUCUGCUUGGCUUUUCUAGUGCCCAGCCUUCGUCAGUGGAAAAGAUAGCGGAAGAAGAACCACACCCUAGUCUACCUCCUCGAAGGAACAUUGAACCUCCUCCGCGUCCUUCCAAUGAGUCGAAGAAUACGUCACGGCCUCUACAGCCACCAAGCCAUGUGGCGACACCAGACCGUUCCAAAAAGCCUCCGUCUGCCCAGCAACUGUCACGUGCACCCACCUUACCUGUCGACUUACAUUUCCCUCCGCCACCGAAGCGUACUAGUGUCGAUGAGCGCGUGCUCCAUCAGCCAACGUCAACACAGAGGUCCCAGACGUUUGCUGGGGAUUUCUCGAGGCGUCCCUUGGCAAACAUGAAUGCCGAAGACUCCGAUGAAGCAGAGGAGCCGCUUGAAGAGCCUACCACCUCUCGAUCUGAGUACCCGGAUGCCACUCAUACCAAUCGGCGGCCUCCGUUCAGUAAAAGCAGUCUUUGGGAGAUAGGCACGAAGUCGGACUCCCGGCUUGCUGAAGUUUGUGGACAAUAUUUGUGUACGGCUGGCUAUGUGACUCGUGUAUUUGAUAUGUCUUCAGGAGAGCAGAUCAUGAGCAUUAACCACGGCGAGACAGUCAAGGUGACGGCUGUGGCCUUCAAGCCUGCAGUAGAUCUCGCAAACGAGGGAACAAGACUAUGGCUAGGUUUGAAUACUGGCGAGUUGAUGGAGGUCGAUGUUGCGACACAUACCGUGAUGACAACCAAUUCGUCACACAAUCGUCGAGAGAUUGUGCGCAUACUCCGGAACCGAAGGGACUUGUGGACAAUCGAUGACGAUGGGAAACUUUUUGUGUGGAAGGCCGAUGAGACAGGUGUCCCCAAUCUCAAAUACAGCCAUAUUUCCCACAAAGUUCCACGGGGACAUACGUUCUCCCUGGCAAUUGAUGGCAAACUCUGGUAUGCUUCAGGGAAGGAAAUACGAAUAUACAAACCAGGAAAUGAAAGCUCAUUUGCUGCCUUGACAUCACCAUUAUCGCAACAUGGGAACGGGGACGUCACCUGCGGAACAUACUCGAACGAAGAUAAAGGAAGAGCAUAUUUCGGCCACAUUGAUGGGCGAGUGUCGAUAUACUCGACCAAGGACUAUUCCACUAUCGCCAACGUCAAAGCCAGCGACUACAAAAUUAACAGCCUGGCUUUUGUGGGAGGCCAAUUAUGGGCUGCAUUUAAAACAGGAAUGGUCUAUGUCUAUGACACUUCCAGCUCGCCCUGGAAGACCCAGAAGGAUUGGAAAGCGCACGACGGACCCGUUACUCAACUCCUCUUCGAUCCAAGCAGUGUUUGGACCCUUCAACAAUUGCAAGUUGUCACGAUCGGACAUGACAAUUUUGUAAGGCUUUGGGACGCUGCCCUCGAAGACGAUUGGAUCGAAAUGGAGAUGCAGCGCCGCAGUAGCGAAUAUUGCAAAUUUCGAGACGUCCGAGCCGCUGUUGUCACCUGGAAUGUCGGUGCGUCGACGCCUUCCAAUCUCCGCGACGAUUUCAUUAUGGAAGCAAUCCACGCACACGAUCCACCGGAGAUCCUGGUAUUUGGGUUUCAAGAAGUAGUUGAUCUGGAGGAUCGUGCUGUAACUGCAAAGAGCAUUUUUGGAUUCGGCAAGAAGAAGGAUACCGUCAAGACAGAACAACACCAGAGUCGUGUCUAUCGCGAGUGGCGAGACUAUCUCAGCAAAGUCAUUAGCCGGUCCACCAGCAGACACUAUGAAUACUCGGAACUUCAUCUCUCCAGCUUGAUCGGGCUAUUCCAGUGCGUGUUUGUCAGGCAAAGCGAGCGGCCAAACAUCCGAAACCUCCAAGCUGCGAGUGUCAAGCUCGGGCUGAAAGGCCGCUAUGGUAACAAAGGAGCGCUCGUGACCCGUUUCAUAUUGGACGACAGCUCUGUAUGCUUCAUCAAUUGCCACCUUGCAGCUGGCCAGACUCACACGUCACAUCGGAACAACGACGUCGCAGCCAUCUUAGAAGCCGAAGCUCUGGAUGCAGAACGUGACCCUGAGGUGCGCAGUUCGAUUUAUAUUGGAGGCGGUGACGGAACACAAAUUCUUGACCAUGAAAUAUGCAUUCUGAACGGUGACUUGAAUUACCGCAUAGAUGCCAUCCCGCGAGACGCUGUCAUCAACAUGAUCAAGCGCAACGAACUGGAUACACUUCUGAAAAAGGACCAGAUUAUGCUUUCGCGUCGGCGUGUCUCAGGGUUCCGUUUGGCCCAGUUCGUCGAGUUACCUAUCACUUUUGCACCCACAUACAAAUACGACGUGGGAACCGAUGACUACGACACCUCGGAGAAGAAGCGCGCGCCAGCAUGGUGUGAUCGACUCCUCUAUCGUGGUCCAGGACGGAUAGAGCAGCUGGAAUAUCGCCGCCAUGAGGUGCGAACGAGCGAUCAUCGGCCUGUCAGUGGUGUCUUUAAACUCACGGUGAAGACAAUCGAUGCGGUAAAACGGACCAAAGUCAAGGAAGAUUGCUUUGAGAAAUUCACCGAGGUACGCAGGAGGAUGGCGGAAAAGGCGAGCGUCGAGUACUUGGUUACCGUGUUGGGCGUCGCCGAACAGGAAGCUAAGCGGCUCAUAACAGCCAGAUGA